AUGAACGAAUUGAAAACGAUUUCGUUGGAAUGGGAUGUGGAAAGAAAGUCAGUGGUUGGUGCUGAUACUGAAUGUGAUCAGCAGUUGCGGUUGGAUGAAUUCGAUGAGAAGACGUGUCGAAAAGACCAACUUGUGAUCGGCUUUGUGAUGCAUGCAGAUUCAACUUGUGCUGCAUUUAAUGACGAAAAUAAGCUGAGUGGCAAGCUGUUGUCAAAUGACGCAGAACAAUGCCUCAGUUAUACGGGAAUGUUAGUGGAGCAUUUCAAUGCGCAUGUUCGAUAUGGUGCCGCAAUGGCGCUAGGAAUUUCGUGUGCUGGUUCGGGAUAUAAGCUUGGUGCAGAGCAAGCUUUCCGAACGCUGUUUGAAUUGAAAUCGAAUUUUUAUGUGUUCGUGUUUGUUGGUGUGGUCAGUGAAUAG